UCCUAGUGGAAUCUUCGGGGGAAACAUGUAAUAAAAUGGAAUCCGCAGAGCAGGCCAAUGUGAUCUAUUCGAUUGAUAUAGAUGGCAAUCCCAGUUGUAUAAAUGCAUUUCCGAGUGGCCACUUUCGAGAUGUUACUCUGGAGGGAGCCAUCCUCACUUCGACUUACAACUAUUCGUCAUCCAGUAAGAGCCGUACUGGAGGCAUAUUUUUGUUUAAUCCAUGCUCAAAUCUAAAAGCGAUUCUGGCCCAAAAGGUCGAUUCAUAUGAUUCUUCAUUUAGUUGUCAUAUGAGCUAUGUAUCGCUCCCUGGAGUGGUUUACACCACUUGGAUACGAACUAGUGAUUACUAUGCAGCGAUAUCUGUUACUGCGCAACUUGGCGUUAGCGUCGACCGGGUGGUGGCAGACGACACUUCUGCUCCACGUUUGCAACACUGCAGUGUGAUUGACUUGGACAACGCCACUGGCGGCGUUGGGCUAUCACUCUGUGUUAAUGAUGACAGCGGGAGCCUAUGCUCCGUGACCUCAUCUGAUGGCUACGUUUACCUUAUAGAAAACGGCAUGCAAACUAUGAAGUGGCGUGCGCAUAACAUGGAAACAUGGACGAGUUCAUUUGUUCCAGGGAAUAGUAAUUUGCUUCUCACGGGUUCUGAUGACAGUACUGUUAAACUGUUUGACACCAGGGAGGGCACUUCACCUUUAUAUACCCUUAAGCACCACUCGUAUGGUGUAACCGCUUUAAAAUUCAUGCAAGAUAACACCAACAUAUUCUACAGCGGCAGUUUCGAUUGUCGUCUAUACCAAUUUGAUAUCCGGAACUUGGUUACGCCUGUAUCUAAUUCGUUGCUCGAGGGCCCAAUAUGGAACUUAGAUUAUAUUAAUCGGCAUCGCAUCCAUAUCGCAGGUUGCCAUGACGGUGCUUUCGUGUAUGACACGGACUUAAAUGGUGUUCCCACGUCACUAGUCAAGCGCCUUUUUCUAGAAGACUGCUUAAUAUACGGUGCCACUCACGUGUCGGUAGACAAGGAACCCAUAUAUACAUCCUGUAACUUUUAUAAGAAAAAGGUCAUAUUUUGGCAAUGAGUUGCAUUACUUCCACUAAUAUCGCAUGUAUUUAG